UUUCAAUAUUGAGCAAAUAAAUAUAAAUAAGUAAAACUAAAAGAAAAUUAACAAAAUACAAUCUACUUGCCAUAGAGUAAUGCAAUAAAGAAAGCAGAAUUGCUGUUUACAGUCUGUUUUGCCGACAGUUUCGCUGUUUCAUAUAAAUCCGCCUGAGCAUAUAACACAGGAGCCGUACAGCUCCGACUUUGAAUAAUUUAUUUAUCAUCCCAGUGGACCGACAGGCAUAGUAACGAUAUAACACAGGACAAAGAAUAUUCUACAGUAAAAUUUUUAUGAGUUUACAGUUACACAAGACAUAGUCAUUCUGGCAAAGUACAAAAUGUAAAUUAAAAAAAAAAAUUAAAUUAUAGAAAUGUUUAUCAAAACAUAAAUAUUAAAAAUGAAUCGCGUGAAUAUAUCUACACCCAAAUGAAGUCCAUGUGAAUUUUGCCAUCAGACCCGCCGUGUCAAUUGAUUCGUUCAAAAUAAUGAGACAAAAUUAAAAUAACAAUUAUUGUGAUUAUUAUUUUAGAAGGCAAACAACGCAUUCAUUCAAAUGAAAAAUAUAUACACGGACACAUUUACAAAUAAUACUCACAACAAGAUAAAUUUGAAAAAAGGCGCACUUUUGUACAAAUAUAUAGGAAAAUCGAUAAUUACGUUACGUACGUUAUAUAUUUCUACAUGCACAUAAUAAUCUAAUUACAAUAAUAAUAUAAAACUCUACAAACUUAAAAUAAAAGAUAUAUAUGUAUAAAAAAAUGAAAAACGAUUAUAUGUUUGUAUUUGCAUAUGAUAUAAAUAGUAAUUUAAGUCUGGCUAUAACCAUGAUCCCAAUAGAGGCUUAAACAAAGAAAAAAAGAAAGAGGACGAGAGGAAGAAAGAAAAGGCUUUACAUAAAUGUUUGUUUAUGGUAUAACAAAAAUAUUUAAUAAGUAUUUUCUAUUGCUUGUGCGUUUGAAAAUAAGUUGCGCCAACAAUAGCUUAAAUAGCAAACGAUUGGCCAAGAUAUAUUCACCUAUUUGCAAACGAUUUCAGCAAAAAAUCAAGGACGAAUAUAUAAAACCGCCGCCAGCUGUUACCCGAUGAUGAUGCUAACGACAGAACAUAUUAUGCAUGGCCAUGCCUCAUCGGUUAGCCAAAGUGCAUUGUUUGGUUGUUCAACGGCCGGUCAUAGUGGUAUCAAUCAGUUGGGUGGCGUUUAUGUUAAUGGGCGCCCGUUACCCGACUCAACACGUCAGAAAAUUGUCGAACUCGCCCAUUCGGGAGCACGGCCAUGCGAUAUAUCACGCAUACUCCAAGUAUCAAAUGGUUGCGUUAGUAAAAUUUUAGGCCGUUAUUAUGAAACAGGAUCAAUUAAGCCACGUGCCAUUGGUGGUUCGAAACCACGAGUUGCUACAACACCCGUCGUACAAAAAAUUGCUGACUAUAAACGAGAAUGCCCUAGCAUUUUUGCUUGGGAAAUUCGAGACCGAUUAUUAACAGAGCAAGUGUGUAACAGCGAUAACAUACCUAGUGUUUCAUCAAUAAACCGCGUUUUACGGAAUUUGGCUUCACAAAAAGAACAGCAAGCACAGCAACAAAGCGAGUCAGUAUAUGAAAAAUUGCGUAUGUUUAACGGCCAAUCCGCUGGUUGGGCUUGGUAUCCAAGCAACACAACAACUGCUCAUUUAACUUUACCACCUGCACCAACAGUUACAGCAAUGAGUAGUCAGAUAACACGUGAAGAAUUGCAAAAACGCGGUAAUUCAUAUGUAUAUAUAAUUUAA